UCAAGUUUCUCGUCUCCCCCCAGCGAUGGCGAUUCGACUCAUCCUGCUCCAUCCUCGCCUAAGACAGAGGGUUCGUCCAGUAAUGAUGCGGACAUAGUCAGGGCCGAGGACCUUCCACCCAUGGCCGCAUCCAUGAGGUCGUUUGAUUUGCUGGCUCACAUGCCUCCAUGUGCCUUCACGACUUACUCUACGGACGUCUUCCUUCGCAACCUGAAGGGAAGUCCGCAUGCACAAGAGGCCAAACUCGUCACCGUCAAGCGCUUCGUAAAGAAAAAUGGUACACGGCAUCGGUGUCUAGUACUACUGACUCGAGAUGGGAUCGGCCUUCGGGUGGACCGUCGUCGAGAUCAUACUCUUUCGUUGCCUCGAUUCAUUCUGCGCCAUGGAAAUUCCGAUGCAACAGAUACGGUAACCAUGUCUCGGGACACCCAGCUACUCUCCGACCGAAGGUUAAAGGAGGAAGCAACACUAGAGCUACCAACACAGGCUUCACUCCUCGACUUUAUGAGGAUUCUUGAGGUUGUGUUGGACGAAUGUGGUUCAUAUAGUCUAUUCAGGGAAAAUUGUUGGUUUGUCACCUCAAUUCUUGAAGAGAUAUUGGUGGACAUGUUCGGUGCUCGCUACGCAACAGGCAAAGCGACCCAUCCGCGUUUCGCUGGAAGAACGCGUGCUAGAAUUUGGAACAGGCUUGGGCUUGGGGAGAGUGUCUAGCUAAUGACAGGACUUGUUCAAUGACUGUGUCUAGAGGAUUUCCGGCUAGACUCGCAUCUUAAAAAAAACCGAGCUUCUAUUGUGAGGGUUUUCCCGUCUAGCUGAAUGACCGAACUUGCAGCGCCGUCGGUACACGGAUACUGGAAUUUACAGUGCAACCAGUGCAAAUCGAG